UUCACGAAGAGAGCGCGUCCGACUCACUGCCCACACCUUGAGUUAAACAAAUAUUACCCUUCGCUUGACCUGUCAGGCAGCAGUUAUCAAAUCCGUGCCCUGGAAAUACAGUAGCUGUAGUCAAAUUAGCUUUCUACCAGGUGAGGAGUUGCUUAAAACAGCUAAUAUUGUGCAAAUGUUGGACUUUAGGCGUCUAAACGUCAUUCAUCAACGCAAGAUCCGUUGACGUUGCAACAGGAACGUCUGCCUGCAAAACAGUAAUCAGGGUGCAAUAGUAUCUGGAGCCUCAGUUACCAGGGAAACGGGAGCUGUGUUGCUAGUCUCUGCUAGCCGUUGAGCUAGCGUCUGAGCUCGGGGAAAGGCUAGCGUUAGAAGACUCCCUCGGCGGUGUAUGUUUUUGUCUAAGGGGGCAUUGGAAUCAUGGCGGAGCUCCACAUUAUAGGACAUAUUGUCGGGGCCACCGGUUUCCCGCAUAACAGUCUAUUUUGCAAAUGGGGUGUUCACACGGGAGGAGCAUGGCGCCUUCUAGCUGGACUGAAGGAGGGUCAGACCCAGGUGGAUAUCCCCCAAACCGGGGACAUGGCGUAUUGGAGUCACCCGAUAGAUCUGCACUACGCGACCAAGGGACUCCACGGCUGGCCGAAGCUUCACCUCCAGGUGUGGCACCAGGACUCUUUCGGGCGCUGCCAGUUGUACGGCUACGGGUACUGCCACGUCCCCUCGAGCCCGGGACACCACCGGAUCGAGUGUGUGACCUGGAGGCCGCUCGGCUCCUGGCAAGAACAGUUGGCGCAAAGGUUCGUCGGCGGAGGACCGCAGCUGCGCAGCCCGGACCUCAUCUACAGCGGGGCGGACAGAUACAGACUGCACACCGAGGCCAUGGGAUCCGUGGAGCUGGAGCUGGGCAUCAUCAUGAGACACUUUGAUAAAUAUGGCGUCGAGAGUUGAAUGACUUUUGGGAGGGUUGCGAUGGACUUUUAAUUGUGACGGUGGAGGUUUUAUAUUUAAUAAGGGUUUUCAUUUGUUUUCUAAAUUGCGCUUGUGUUUUUUUAUAUUAUUCGAACGCUAGAUAUGUAAAUAAAUACACUAUUGUCUUAACGAAGUUGGUUCCUUGUUGAUAUGUCGUUAUGCACUUUCUCGUCAUGUUGUCAGGAUUGGCCUUGAUUUGUAAUAAAUGGAUAGAUUAACCGAUUAUGAUCCUAGGAAUUACCUUGUACAGGCCGCUUUUCAACCGUAAAAUAUAGUAUCAGGAAAGUUGUGUUAGUUGUGCUGGCUAUGAACAAACAAGCAAGGCCCGAUUCAGGGUGUUACAAAAAGAAAAGUGCACCACACUUGUCACAACAAUGUAACGUUAUAGUAAAUUGAUGUAAGCUGUAAAUGUAGUUUAAAGGGGAAAGCUUGAUACUUGUUUUGCAGAAAUAGUUUCAUGUGCGUCAGGUAUUGGGAGUUUUCCAAUGGGCAGACAUUAAUACACUAGAGAAAGAAAAGUACUAAAUGAACAUAUUCCACUUCACUACUCCAUUCAGCACCAUGUCCGUCUUCAUUGAUUCCCUUCCAUUCCAAGCUAGUAGGCUGCUAAAAACAAAAGAGCUAAGUUACUAUUCAAGGGUAAACGAUGUAUCAAAUCAGUCAUUACAACCGUAAUAGAUGUAAUUUCAUGAUCACCUGCUAUUUUUAAUCAC